AUGGCAGUCGAACGCUCCAGGGACAAGUCGGAAGAUGACUCCGGCCUAUCUUCCGAACAGCUUGACGUGGGGCCUGCGGUGACAAAAGUUGUCUUGGACGAUGCAAAGUUAGUGACAACGAAAGGCAACAUUAUAACCAAAGAGGGGGCUAUCGUAGCCACUGGAGAAGUCGACUCGAGCAUUUCGGCCAAUCCCUUUGCGGAUCCCCAGAUCCGAGACUACUACAUUGGUGUCUAUGAGAAAGCAAAAUAUGAGUGUCGACAUGUCUUCGACGCGGAUGCCACAUGGACAAAAGAAGAGGAGAAGAAGAUCAUUAGGAAACUCGACUGGCAUGUAUGCUUGUGGGCAUGCAUCAUGUUCUUUAGUCUACAGAUCGAUCGUGGAAACAUCAAUCAAGCCGUUUCGGGAACUUUUUUAAAGGAUCUUAACCUUAAUACUAAUGAUUACAAUCUUGGACAUACCGUGUUCCUAGUAUCUUUCCUCUUAGCCGAGUUGCCAUCUCAAUUAAUCUCAAAAAAGUUCGGUCCAGACCGCUGGAUUCCUACCCAAAUGGUCUUAUGGUCCAUAGUCGCCAUGUCGCAAGCAGGACUUCGAGGCAGAUCCGGAUUUCUUGCAACUCGGUCUCUGCUUGGAAUGCUUGAAGGUGGUUUCAUCCCAGACCUAAUACUUUGGCUCUCCUACUUUUACACCGGCCGGGAGCUCCCCAUUAGGUUGAGCUACUUCUGGACAGCCCUAGGCCUCACUGGUAUCAUUGCUUCUCUCCUUGCCUUUGGAAUCUUCCAUCUCGAAGGCCACCAUGGUCUUGCAGGCUGGAGGUGGAUCUUCUUAAUCGAAGGGUCGAUGACAUUUGGCAUUGGCAUUACGUCCUUCUUCCUCAUGCCAGCUUCUGCAGCCCAGACAAAGACGUGGUUUCGACCUAAGGGAUGGUUUACUGAUCGCGAACUUACUAUUGUGGUGAACCGAGUGCUACGAGACGAUCCCAGCAAAGGAGACAUGCAUAAUCGACAGGCAAUCACCCCAAGUCGACUGUGGGCUGCACUGAAAGAUUAUGAUCUCUGGCCGCUUUACGUGCUCGGCGCCAUCUGCAAUGUUCCAUCGGGGCCACCCACUUACUAUCUCACGCAAAGUCUUCGAAAUCUUGGGUUUAGUACAUUCCACACCAACCUUCUUACCAUUCCAUCAGCGGUGGGAGGUAUAAUCACUCUUCUCCUCAUUACCCGGCUAAGCGAAAAAAUCAAUGAACGCGGGCUUGUCGUCAUACUACAAUCCUUAUGGACCCUUCCUUGCAUUAUUGCUCUCAGAGUGUGGCCAGGUCUUAUGAAAGAGCAAUGGGCAACCUAUGCUCUACUCACCGUUUUACUAAGUGGUCCAUCUGGCUAUGCUAUUAACGUGGCUUGGGUGUCGAGAAACUCGAAUAACGUUGGCUCUCGCAGCGUAUCUGCCGCUCUAUUCAAUAUAUGCGCUCAAAUUUGCAGCAUUAUCUCGGCAAACAUCUAUCGUGAAGAUGACAAGCCGUUAUACAAGCGAGGUAACCAAGUCUUGAUUGGAAUCAACGUACUGAGCAUUGUUCUGUUUCUUAACGCAAAGAUAUACUUCGUCGUUAAGAACAAAAUUCGUGAACGCAAAUGGAAUGCGAUGACCCCCGAGGAGCGCGUUGACUACACAUACAAUACUACGGACACUGCUAGUCACCGACUCGACUUCCGAUUUGCGCAUUGAGACUCAAUGAGUCAAUGUCCGAUAUAUCGAGCUCUAUUCGGCUUCACUUGUCCCGCGCCUAGACCUAUUCUAAACGUCCUAUAAUUUAACGAUAAUAAAAAUCUCCCGGGAGCUGGCAGCUGUCAUGGUUCCAGGCCUGUGGCCUGUCUCCUGAAUGAUAGUCACGUGACUAAGUCAACUGUCGAAGUCUUGGACAUCGCGCACGCGUCGUAGAUAGCUCUUCUUCUUUAGCUUUGCAAUAAAUGAAAGUGGUUCUCGUAACUUCUGCGAUCAAACCGUCUCAC